UUAAAUUAAUGAUUUUUGCUUUUAAGAAAUUAAGUGGAAAGACUUUAUCUGUGUUAAGUAUUCUUAAAAUUUUGCAUUUAGAAAACAAUAUUUAAGUGAAAUUAGAUUUUAGUAAGAAUCUUGUUAAUUAAUAAGGUAAAUGUUGUGACACACUUCAAAUUAAUGAAAAUGAUUCUGUGUAUGGAAACUAUUCAAUCAUUAAUUACUUGAGUAAAGUGAAGAGAAAUCCAUAUUAAAAUGAGAGAUUAUGGUGGAUAGCUCACUAGCUCAAAGAAGUAAUUUAAAUAAAGAAGAAUGAUGUAAAAUUCCUAAUUAAAUUUUUAAGGUUGUUGUUGAGAAAAAGAAAUAAGUCAAGACUGACAACAUUAAGACUUUGAAUAAGAUAUUGGAAUAAUCAAAAUAUUUAGAAGGAGAAGAAUUAUCAGAAACAGAUAUCAUAGCUUAUAUCAAAUUAAAAAGAGUCAAACCAGAAGUGAAGACUUAAGGUAAAUUGUUAAAAUGGUAAAAUACUGUUGGUGCUGUAGUCGAUCCAAUAUUGACUUCAAUGGAAAAUGUAAAAGAAUUUUAAAUUAAAUUUAUUAGGAAUUUAAACCUUAGAUUACCGCUAUUGAAGAGGAAAAAAAAAAGAAGGAAGAAGAAAUCAAAAGAAGAAUUGAAUAACAUUAAAAUUCAAAGAAAGACUCAAAAGGUGAUUCAAAGAAAGGAAAAUAGGAAUAAGAAUUACCAAAAUAAUAAAAACAAUAAUAAUAAUAAUAAUAAUAACCACAACAAAAAGAGAAAGGUACAAAAUAAAAAGAAGAAAUAUCCUAAGAUUAUUUGAAAUAGUUUGGUGCUUAAAAGAUUCUUAGAACAAAUUUAGGCUAAUAAAUUCUACCACAAAAAGGAAAAAGGAAUGUCUUAAUUACAAGUGCUUUGCCUUAUGUGAAUAAUGUUCCUCAUUUAGGAAAUAUCAUAGGUUGUGUUUUAAGUGCUGAUACUUUUGCUAGGUAUUCAAGAUUAAGAGGAUAUAACACCCUUUACGUUUGUGGAACAGAUGAAUACGGAACAGCUACAGAAGUGAAAGCAAUAUAAGAAAAUAUGACUCCUUAAUAAAUUUGUACUAAGUAUUUUGAGAUUCACAAAAAUGUUUAUGAUUGGUUUGAUAUUGAUUUUGAUUAUUUCGGUAGAACAUCAACUCCUGUUCAUACUGAGAUUACUCAAGAGAUUUUCAAUCAUUUGCAUCCAAAGUACACUACUUAAAAAACUACUCCAUAAACAUUUUGCUCUCAUUGUAAGAUGUAUUUGGCUGACAGAUAUGUAAGUGGAACUUGUCCUCAUUGUCAAUAUGAUGAUGCUAGAGGUGAUUAAUGUGAUUCUUGCGGAAAAUUGCUUGAUCCAGUUGAAUUAAUCAAUUCAAAAUGUUAUAUCUGCAAAAACAAACCAGAAAUCAAAGAUACUAAACAUAUAUACAUUAACUUACCUGAAAUUUAAGAAAGACUUGAAAAAUGGAUUCAUUCCACCUCCAAAUCUGGAUAAUGGUCUCAAAAUUCUUAUAAUGUUUCUAAAGCUUGGUUGAAAUUAGGAUUGAAAGAAAGAUGCAUUACAAGAGAUCUUAAAUGGGGUGUGUAAGUACCACUAGAAGAAUAUAAGGAUAAAGUAUUUUAUGUUUGGUUUGAUGCUCCUAUUGGUUAUUUAAGCAUUACAGCCAAUUUUAUUAAAGAUUGGAAAUAAUGGUGGAUGAAUCCAGAGAAUGUUGAAUUAUUUUAAUUUAUGGGUAAAGAUAAUGUUCCAUUUCACACUGUUAUUUUCCCAUCUACCUUAAUGGGAACUGGAUAAGAUUACACUCUUUUGAAAACUAUCUCCACAACAGAGUAUUUAAAUUAUGAAGAUGGCAAAUUUUCAAAGUCCAGAGGAACAGGAGUAUUUGGUGACAAUGCUUAAAAUACUCAAAUUCCAAAUGAAAUCUUUAGAUAUUAUUUAUUAGCCAAUCGUCCAGAAAAGAGUGAUACAGUAUUUACUUGGAAUGAUUUUGCUAAUAAAAAUAACAAUGAACUUUUACCUAACCUUGGUAAUCUUGUUAAUCGUGCUCUUAAUUUCAUCUAUAAAAACUAUAAUAAAGCAAUCCCAUAAGUUGAAUUGAAUCAAUUAACACCAAAAGAUGAAGAAUUUAUUAAUUUAUUCUUGAAUAAAUUUAAGACUGAAUACCUAGAUGCAUUUGAAAAAGUUGAAAUCAAAGAUGCACUUAGAAAAGCUAUGGAAUUAAGCAGUCUUGUUAACAAAUACAUUCAAGAUGAAAAAGCAUGGGAAAAGGAACAAAAGGAAUCUAAAAGAUCUGAUGUGAUAUUAUUUGUGGCUGCCAAUGCCAUCAGAUUUGUUAGUGCUUUGGUUGAACCAUUCAUGCCUUCUGUCUCAGCUAAGAUCAAUUUCACUUUAGGCUUUAACUAAAGAACAGAAAAGGAUGACAAGCUCUUUGAACAUGUAUUAUCCUACGAUAACAAUGUAUCUGCCCUUUUGAAUCUUGUCAAACCAGGUUAACCAAUCAAUUAGCCAGUGCCUAUCUUUAGAGAAUGUAUACUAUUAAUAUUAAUUAUAUUUAGUCAAGCCAGAAGAAAUCGAAAAUUGGAGAUAAUAAUAUAAAGGAUAAUAAUGAUUCAUUAUUAUAAAUAUAAAAAAAUGUUGUUAUCAUUUAAAUCAAAC